AUGUAUGCACUGACUCAGCCAGAACUAAUAUCUCCUUCUCAAGUUCUCACUUUCUGGAGGACAGCAAAUUACGAUGAUGGAGGGGAAAAAGGUACUCCAUCUCUGACCUGCGAUUAUGAGGGUCAAGAGUAUGUUGUUUCACCAGCGACUAUCAGGAAGGCUCUUCAUCUUCCUGAAGAGAAGAAAUAUGAUGCUUCAGAUAAACUGAAGAUAGCUUUACCAGACAAAUAUGAAGCCUUAUUCUCUGAUGAGAAUAUCCCACAGCCUCCAUCUCCUGCUCAUGACCCAAUAGCAACUUCUGAUCCCAAACCACCCUCUGUUUCCUCUCAACAAGAGCCAGUUGAAAAAUCUUCAUCAAAGAGGAUACUCAGAUCCACCAAAUCUCCAACUAAACCUUCUCCUCCUCCCAGAAAAAGAAGAUUCCUUCAGAAAAUUUCAGACUCUGAAUCAGAAGAAGACAUUCCUCCUCCUCACCCAGCAAAGAGGCUGAGAAAGAAAAUACAGCCAACCUCUAUUACUGAUCUGACUGUGGAACCACCACAGUCAGAGGAUCCUGAACAACCCUUGAUUACAUUCUCUGAUCACUCUGUAGAGCCACUUUUGAUUGAACCCAUUUCUGCAAUGCCACUUGAUAUUGCUGCAGCUGACCAACAAAUGUCAGAGUCAACCUCUGAUCACAAUGAUCAGACUGAAAAGACAACGUCUGUUGAAGAGAAAAUUGCAGCUGAUACUGAAAUAUCAGAAAAACCAUCUGAUGCACCUGGUCAAUCAGAGGAUGCACAAAUAGAAAUGGUCCUUCAGCUAAUUCAAGAUUCUUUAGUUCAACCUGAUGAUAUUGUUGCAGCUCCUGCUCAGCAAAUUCAAAUGGCAGAAAACUCUGAGGCAGCUACUGAAGCUCUAGAGUCACAUACUCUGAGUGUUUUUCUUGCAGACAUUGAUGAUGAUGAAGGCACAGAAGUCACAUCAACCCCUAUAAUCUCUGAGCCAGUCAGAGAAACUACACCUGAAAGGGUUGAUUCCCCAGUUAUAAUACUGUCACCAGUUAGGGAAUUCACUCCCUUUAUAGCUCCUGAAGUUCCAAGCUCUCCAAUUCCGUUUUCUGAGCCUGCUAGAAGAACAAUUUGUCACUUGUCCUAUCAUCACAAGAUGUGCAGAACCACAUCACCUUCUGUGGAAGAUAGACUUAUCUCUAUUGAAGCUACUCAGGCUUCAAUGAAUCAUACUCUGGCAGAUUUGAGUGCUUCUGUGGCACAGCUGGUCCAGAGUAAAGAAACAAAGAAGAACAUUAGAGAAGUAGCAAGCUCUGAGAGACCAAGCUCUGAGAGACCAAGCUCUGAGAGACCAAGCUCUGAGAGACCACCCAGAGAAUCUCAAAAACACAAAUCUAUGGGAUUGACUGUUGUAACUCAAGCUCAAAGCAUAAGCAAAGCAGUCAGAGAUUCAAAUGCUAUAUCUAAAGAGAUAGAUCUUGUGAACUCUGAAGUGGAGAAGAAGAAAGAAAAAUUGGUUGUUGAAGCUGAUAAGCUGAUUGAAGCUGGAGACCCUGAGUCUCAGAAAUUUUGUCAAACUCUGAAGUUCAGAGAUUAA